AUGAGAUGCAUUCUUCUGUUCGUGACCGCCCUUGUGGUUGGGGUCACGCAAGCAGCUAGCAAUGAUUCUGCACCAGUUUACAAGAAUCCUCAAGCGAGCGUGGACGCCCGGGUUAACGAUCUGCUAUCCCGGAUGACAAUAGAAGAGAAAACAGCUCAAUUGAUUCAAGGGGAUAUCUCAAACUGGAUCAACACUACAGACAAUACAUUCAAUGCCUCGGGGUUGGCGUGGAAUAUGGAAAAGCGAGCAGGCCAAUUCUACGUUGGGUAUCCGGUUCCCCAGCAAUGGAUUGCAGAUGGUGUGAGAAGAGCACAAGAUUAUUUGAUGCAGAAUACAAGACUAGGAAUCCCCGCCUUCGUGCAAAGCGAAGGCAUCCAUGGGUUUCUAAUUGGAAAUGCAACAAUCUUCAAUUCCCCGAUAGCCCACGCCUGUUCUUGGAAUACAGACUUGAUUGAAAGGAUGGGUGCUGCGAUUGCUCAAGAAUCACUAGCUCUGGGCGUCAACCAGAUCUUUGGUCCAUUGGGAGAUCUUGCCCGAGAGCUUCGGUAUGGUCGAGUCGAGGAGACUUUCGGAGAAGACGGAUACCUUGCUGGCGAAAUAGGUUAUAGUUACAUCAAAGGCAUGCAGGCAGGAAAUGUGAGCGCUAUGGUGAAGCAUUUUGCUGCAUUUGGUGUCCCGGAGCAAGGGCUCAACACUGGUCCCGUCCAUGGCGGAGAACGAGAACUUCGUACAACCUACUUGCCUUCAUAUAAACGGCAGAUCAUGGGUGCAGGAGCAUAUGCGAUCAUGUCGGCAUAUUCAUCCUACGAUGGAGUACCUCUUGUUGCAAAUCAUCAUAUUUUGACUGAGAUAUUGAGAGAAGAAUGGGGCUAUGAGUAUUGGGUUACCAGUGAUGCAGGAGGGACCGAUCGAUUGUGUGGUUCUUUUAAGAUGUGCCGAGCGAAGCCCAUAGACAAAGAGGCCGUGACACAAUAUGCUCUACCAUCAGGCAAUGACGUGGAAAUGGGUGGAGGCUCCUACAACUUCGAAAAAAUACCAGAGCUCGUCAAGGCCGGAAAGCUAAGUUCAGACGUCGUUGACACUGCUGUUUCGCGAUUACUCCGCGCCAAAUUUGCCCUAGGCAUAUUCGAAAAUCCUUAUGCGGGAAUAGCCUCUAACCAAACGACUUCAAGCCUCAUUCACACGCCAGAAAAUAUUGCCCUGGCUCGUCAACUCGAUGCUGAAUCAAUUGUGCUUCUUGAGAACCACAAAGAGACACUUCCAUUGUCGGAAACAGCGAACAUAGCUGUGAUUGGGCCAAUGGCACAUGGCUUCAUGAAUUACGGAGACUAUGUUGUCAAGAACAGCUCUGCGCGUGGGGUGACCCCUCUUGAUGGAAUCAAGGCGGCAAGUAAAGGAAUUGUAACAUACGCUAAAGGCUGCGAGCGUUGGUCAAACGACGAGUCUGGGUUUCCAGAAGCUGUAGCCGCGGCUUCUGCUGCUGACGUUGCUGUUGUUGUAGUCGGAACUUGGUCUCGCGAUCAGUUCGAGCUUUGGCAAGGCUUAAACGCCACGACUGGAGAGCAUGUUGACGUCGCCUCGUUGAACCUUGUUGGCGCCAUGCCACAUCUCGUCAAGGCAAUAAUAGACACAGGAAAGCCAACGGUAGUUGUGUUUUCCUCUGGAAAACCCGUCACAGAGGCUUGGAUAUCUUCAAGCGCGUCGGCUCUCCUACAACAAUUCUAUCCAUCUGAAGAGGGUGGCAACGCACUAGCUGAUGUCCUCUUCGGCGCUGUCAAUCCAAGUGGAAAGCUGUCCGUUGGGAUUCCUUACGAUGUCGGCACUACACCAAUUUACUACGAUUACCUGAAUUCUGGUCGUGUGGAUGGCUCUCCUGACGUGGGAAAAGAGUACGACAAUGGAACCAUCGCCUUCGGACACUCUUACGUCCUAAACGACCCCAAUCCAUUGUAUGAAUUUGGCUACGGCAAAUCAUACUCCACCUUCACGUACUCUAAUAUCACACUGUCAAAAGCCAAUGCCACAGUCGCCGAUACAGUCAUUGUUUCUGUCCAAGUCACCAACAACUCAACUCGCGACGGUACCGAAGUUGUCCAAUUGUAUGUCCGAGACGUGAUUGCAAGUGUAGUCGUACCCAACAUCCAGCUGAAAGGAUUCGCAAAAGUCGUUAUCGCAGCGGGUGCAACGAAAACGGUGCAAAUUACUCUUGCGGUUACAGACUUGGGGCUUUGGAAUAUUAAGAUGAAAUACGUAGUUGAGCCUGGUGACUUUAUUAUAUACGUGGGAAGCUCGAGUGCGGAUUUGAGAGCUAAUACUACUCUUCCGAUAAACGACUAA